CGUUAACCCAACGCGAUCGGUCGCAUCACCAGUUAGGAACGCGCCACAAAAAUAUAUAUAUUGACACCUUCAUCUCCGACUCGAGAAAAGAAUCUCAAAAAUGGUUGUGGAUCUAGACUUGCCGGACCCAACGGUUCUUAUCAAACUUCACGGCACCUUCAUGAUUAUCGCCUGGAUACUCUUCGCGUCUGUUGGAAGCACCGUUGCAAGGUACUUCAAGAAAACGUGGGUUGCAGAACAAUACUUCGGUGGAGAAGCAUGGUUUUUGUAUCACCGGGUUUACAUGUUCUUCACAUGGCUGCUAACGUGUUGCGGAUUCAUCAUCAUCUUCAUCGAUAUGGAUGCCUGGCAGGAUCAUGCUCACGCCAUUGUGGGUCUGAUUGCUUUCAUCCUGUGUCUCUUGCAGCCUAUCUUCGGCGCAAUCAGUCCACCAGAGAACGUACGAAAAAUCUUUCGCCUAGUGCAUGUGGUGUCCGGCCAUUUGUCAUACAUUCUAUCAAUGACCAACAUGUUCCUGGCUAUGGGACUGAGCUCGGCACAGCUACCAAAUGAGAUGUACGGCUUGUUCGGGGCAGCCGUUGUGCUACACUUUUUGGCAAACUUGGCAUUCAACGUUUUGGAAUACAUGUCGGCGCAGAGAGGAACCCCCACCGAUCCAACAAAGGAUGCUUCGUUUUCGAGAUGGCGUAAAACAACGCUGAUGGCCCAAAUGAUUGGACAGCUCGCCUUCACGAUAGCGCUGGUCGCCUUGCUAUGGAGUUAGAGACCCAACCAUCACCGUUUCGAAGGCAGUGUGGACGUCAGUUUGAGGAAAGAUGCGAAAAUGUUUCAUAUAGAACUCAACUUUGUUUCAAGUACUGUGAUUAUGAGUAAACUGAAUGUGUGUUUAUGUUUGUUUAAUUUAUAAGCGACGAAUGCAUUUAUUACAGAGUUUAACAU